UAUGGCUCCACUGAGUCAUUCGAUCACCCCGGAAAUGUUCCUUUCAAUGUUUCGAAAUUUUACUUCGAUCAGUAUUCAUAUUUAGAAUCUAGAUCUAGAUUCUAGAUCUACAAAUCUAGAAGUAUUCUACAUAGAUCUAGUCACAAGUCUCUCCAAAUACUCUCCAUAAAAAUAAUAAAGUUCUACGAUUCAAUAAUUUAUUAGAUCUAGGUCUAGAGUUGAUUUUCAGAGUUUGUGUUCAGAUGGCUGCCAAUCCAUAUGAUCCAAUUACAACGACAGAUAUUAGCCAAUUGGCUGAUGAUGAUUGGGGUCUGUCAUUACCACCACUACGUUACAAGAACUAUUCUAACUCAAGGCUAAAGUACAUCUGCAAUGAACUUCGACAACAUUCAAAGUGUGUGAUAGUGACACUUUGUACAGUGUGUUUGAUCAUUCUAGUGUCUGUCAUCAUUGCUGUUGCUGCCAGUGGGAAGGAAGGAAGACAUCCAACUGGCAAGGAGCCCCUCUGGGCAAAUAAGCAAACUGGCUUGGUGUUUUAUCCAGUACCAGAAGAUGGGACCAUCGUCAUAGCCUACAAGGAGGGAGAGUUAAAGUCAAUCAAUAAACUUUUACAGUCUCUUGACAACUCUACUAAUGACUACAAAUCUACCAACCAAUUAAAUGAAAUCUUCAUUAAAUGUAAUGCUACAAACCAACCCUACAACAGAACCUGCCAUGUCUCAACUGUUGAUUUCGGCGAUCGGUGUACAAAACAAAAUAAAUAUGGCUAUGACUUUCCCCAGCCUUGUGUUUUUAUACAGCUUAAUCUGCCAGAAAAUAGAGUGAUAGCUCCUUUAGAUGAAAAUUCACCGCUGUGGAAAAAAGCUAGUUCAUCUAUAAAGGAUCUUCUUAAAGACCCAGCUCACAUACCAGUGACAUGCACAGGAUCUACACCAGAAGACGAGGAAAUUCUGAAUGAAUCACCUACACUAGAUAGGAAUAAAGAAAGAAUUUCCUAUUUCCCAAAAGAGGGUCUUGCUUCUUACGUUUAUCGCAAUCGAAGCAUGGAGCUGCCUUUCGUCAAGCCAGCUUUGAUGGUGCAGUUUACUUCCCUUACUAAAGGCCAUCUCGUUCAUGUCACAUGCACGGCCUGGGGUCAACUGUAUGACUUCAACCACAACAUUGUUGACCAUGAACUCUUGACCACGGAGUUUGCUAUUUAUAUCAAGUAAAUGGAGGUAGACGUUUGUUGACUGUCCUGGAGCACAUCGGUAAGGGAAAAUAUGUCAACAAAAACACACUGUCAAAGACUUUUGUUGGUAAUGCUACAGUUUUAAAGGACAGACUUUUGUUUAUAUAAAUACGCUUGCAAAUGACAGAGUUUCUUCUAUAUAUGCUAUUUUCAAAGUGAACACUAUGAUAAUAUUCAUACAAUUAUAUAGGAUAUGUUUCUAAUGAUGUAAAAUCACUACUGAAAAUGUAUUUAAACUUGGUAUUUAUGUAAAAAUAUUGGAACAAUUUUUUUUUAUGUUAACAUGGUUGUAAAAUAAAUACAGCCCCCAACUCUUCACUAGCAUCCUACACACAUGUACAUAUCAUUUUUCUCUCCUGAGAUAAAGCUUAAUGUAGCGCUUGAUUGCAUUAAUUUUAAAAGUAUGCCUUCAUGUUUGGUAGUGUUGGUUAUCCGUUUAUUUUUUUAAAAUAAUUUUCAGCAUGCUACCUGGUUGGGUGGCAUGCGCUCUAGACUGUCAAUCAAUAGUCUUGAUGUUCCCGGAUUCAAACCCUGCCUACCACCAUCCCCUGUUUGUCCUGUGGGAGGUUCGGACUAGUAUGUAGUUAUCUUCAAAAUCUGAAGGAACAUCCGAAACAUGUAAAACAAAAAGAAGGACAUAGCCAGGUAGUUUGACCUUACUAGGUAGUAGACUUUAGUUUGACCUUACUAGGUAGUAGACUUUAGUUUGAAUUUCAACCCAGAAUUUUCAGCAAGCAGUAGUAGACUUUAGUUUGACCUUACUAGGUAGUAGGCUAAAGUUAGCUAAUCGAGUUAAUUUAGAGCAGAUAACUCUUUAAAAAAAAAGAUCCAAAUGGGGAGUGCCAGUAUUGUCACUUCCAAUACUCCUAAACUUUUUUUAACCAAUAGUCUCACACCACUCCUCCCUCUCUCCUAAUAGAAAAUGUUUAAUCUAAAAACUGAAUGAAUUUUAAAAUUAUUUUUUUUGUUUAUUUAAUGACCUGACAUUUUUAUUGACUGAAAUCUUUUUUUUUUAUUUCCUAAAUAUCUUUAUUUUAUUUAUUUUUUUACUGACAAUGAAAAUGUAGAUUUAACUUCUGUAAUGAUUACAUUACCAUUUAGUGAGUACAUUUCUGCUUGGCAUUAUGCACAUAUACCUACAUUUUAUACACAUUUUUUUUUUCUUUUUUUUUUUGUGUGUGCGGUUUGUGAAGAAAUGUUUAUCUUAAAAACAAAUGUUUGUUUAUGUAGUUGGUGAGAUAAUGUUUACUUGAUGAUCAGAGGGAUGUUAUCUGUGGCAGCUAUAAAUGAUGAGAAUCAUCUAUACAGCAACAUUAUUUUGAAAAAAAUAAUUCUAAAUUAAAUUUUAAAAUGAUAUUUUUUUUUUUAUGACUAUUUAAAAUACUAUUUUUAAGGCAGCUUUGGCAAAGUCAGUGAUGAUCAUAAAGUUUGACCAAUUUUUAACAUUUUUAUUUUGCAUCUUCUCUUUAGUUCACCUCAGGUGUUUAAAAUAAUAUUGUUUCAGUUUUCAUCUAAAAUAGUGCAAGAAUCUUGUUCAAUAUAGAUUCAACUUUAGGACUGAAUAUUUUGUAUGUGCUUGAAAUAUUGAAAAUGUAUUCACUCAUUUUUUGUCUUUAAUCUAACUACUAGAUUUAGGUUUUUAUUUUCCGCUUAGAUUUAUGCAUGAAUAGUUUUGGCUGGAUCUCGUAGAUUAGUUCUGUAUCAGCUUUCAGAUAAACUUGUAUAACUAAAAAUAGGCAUUGUUUUCGAUUCUGAACAUAGUUAAUGGCUUUGUCAACGGGAUGCAUACUUAAGUUGUCUUUUUUGUCGCCUGCAUCUCUCUUUGGCAAGCGCCUUUCUUUGAGUCUUAAAUGUGUUUCAUGUGACCUUCGUAAGAGCUCUCCAGCUGUCUGCACCUUUCUUUGGCAAGGGCCUUUCUUUGAGUCUUAAAUGUGUUUCAUGUGACCUUCGUAAGAGCUCUCUAGCUGUCUGCCUUCUUCUAUGCCAGUGAAAGUGAAAUGACACCUGGUUUAAUCUGUCUAGCACCUCCAGGGGCACUUCUGUUAUGCUGCGCUCCUUUAAGCUCGUCAAAAAAAAAAAGAUGGCAUGCGACAUUUCCCAUGCGAGAUAGAUUGUAAGUAGCGUUUCUUCACUAUCCACACCAGCCUCUAGCAGAGCAUAGUUAUUUGUGAGGUAGUCUUACCAGCUUAGAACUAGGGAUCUAUUGUUUCUCUAUCUACUAAUGUUAGUGAGAUCCAUUUAAACAUAUUGUUGUUUAUCUUUAUAUUAAUUUGGUUGUGAAGCAAAAGUUGUGAUAAAUUUGUUGACCGAUUAAUUUUUGAAAGACUUGAAUGCUAAUAAUCACAAGUCAUGUAAGUUUAAACCCCAGAUUUUAAGAUAUUCAACCCCUGCUUAAGUUGUCAUGUAUAUUUUAUACACCCAUCUAAUUAUCACUCUAGCUAAAUAAUUCUGACAUAAUUGUUAACUUGUAGUUAACAUUCUGUGUUUGAAUUAAAAAUAUACUCCCAGAUUUUGAAAACUAAAAAUCUUGGAACUUAAUAUGUACUAUCUUAAGAGUAAACCAAAUAAAAAAUCUUUAUACAAUGUACCGGUGGGACCAAAUAUUAAGGCAGCCAUAAUGAUUUUGAUGCAAAGACACUAUUGUAACAUUUACUUAAGUAACAUAAUGGAACUGUACAGCUAGAAUGCAUUGUAUUGUACAUUUUAAUUUACCAUCUAUGUUAGUGCAGAAUUCAGUUCAGUCUAUGCAGAGUAACUAAAAGAUAGGAAAUAAAACUCAAGCAUUAUUGCCAACUGUAUUUCUGUCUAAACAUCAAGCAAAAGUACAGACCAUUGAGGUCUGCCACAUAAAUGUUCAAUGCAAAUUAUUGCCUAAAUUUCAUUUCUGUGUUUGACUUUGGCUGAAAUCUUCUAAACAAUGAAAGACAUUAACAGAAACAUUUUUUUUGGGUCUCCAAUUGCCUAGAUAUACAAAUAAUGAGAAACAUCUAAUAGAACUAAAUUCUGGUUAUCCUUUAUAAAACUGAAGGCUCUUUAAAAAAAACUUCAUUUAGUUUAAAUACAGAUAACGUUCUUUGAAUACUUUAUCUAAUCCAACUAUUGAACUUAAUGCUGUAAAAAAUAAAAAAAAACAGUUGAAAAUAUGUUUCACUUCACUUACUGACCUGAACAAAUGUUCCAAUCAGGAUGUAAAACCUUUGUUGUUCAGAACCAGUGGUAUAAUUCAGAACCAGUGGUAUAAUUCAGAACCAUUGGUUUAAUUCAGAACCAGUGGUAUAAUAUCUCUACUUAGUUUUUAUUUUCUUGAAACUAAAACUUUGACCUUGCCAUGUUGUUGGUUGUUUUGACUGACGUCUUUCUGUAUUUGUUAUUAAAAUGUGUUGCUGUCAAAUGUUUCCAACUUUUGAAUGUUUGGUUAAUGGAAAAUAAUGAAUCACCCCGUGGACUUUUGUUAUGCACUGAACUUCCUUAUGUUAUAACAACAAAUAGAAUAAAAGUAUAUAAAUCUAGCA